UUAACCACCAUGUCGACACUCCAAGGCACCCUCGACCGCAAAGACCGCAUUCCCUCUCCCUCGGAGUCGUCGAGCUCCCAUGGCAAUGUUGUCGACCACCACGCUGCCCAUGUGACGGAUGAGCCGACCGUUGGUGGUCCUCGACGAACGGGCGAUGCUGGGAAGGGCCAUAUGAUACAGGUGCAACCUCUGAAGCGAGCAGAGAUGCAGCCUUCGUAUGCGCAGGACCUGGGGACUGGGGAGGUUACCCAUGGCAUUUAUGGGUCCCUCCUCAACGGCCUUGGGACCAUCGUUGGUUUAUGCGGCAUGGUUCCAUGCUGCCCCUGCCCCAAUCCUUUCCGCGAAGUCCAACAAGGUUCUGUCGGGCUCGUCUCUCGCUUUGGACAGUUCUACAAGUCUGUCGACCCCGGUCUCGUCCAGGUCAACGUGUGCACCGAGUCGCUGAAGAUCGUGGACGUGAAAAUCCAAAUUAGUCCCAUUGGCCGGCAGAGCGUCAUCACGCGGGACAACGUCAACGUUGAGAUCGACUCCGUCAUCUACUUCCAAAUUUGCAACCCCUACCGCGCAGCCUUUGGCAUCACCGACCUGCGUCAGGCCCUUGUCGAGCGGGCCCAAACGACCCUUCGUCAUGUUGUCGGUGCCCGUGCGGUACAGUCUGUUGUCACAGAACGAGAAGCUAUUGCUUUUGAAAUUGCGGAAAUCGUUGGGGAUGUAGCAGACAAAUGGGGUGUGGCGAUUGAGGGCAUUCUCAUCAAGGACAUCAUCUUCUCCCCCGAGGUCGCCGCCAGCUUGAGCAGCGCGGCUCAGCAGAAGAGGUUGGGAGAGAGCAAGGUCAUUGCUGCUCGGGCGGAGGUCGAUUCGGCUCGACUCAUGCGGCAAGCGGCGGAUAUUCUGGCCAGUCCAGCGGCUAUGCAGAUUCGACAAUUGGAAGCUCUGCAAACCAUGGCCAAGUCGGGGAACAGCAAGGUCAUAUUCGUCCCCAUGCAGCUCCAGUCAGACGCCAUCUCCCAACUCGCGUCUGGUUCUGGGACCGGCGGGUCACAGUAUGGCAGCGCUGUCCAGAGCGAGUCUGGUGUCGACGGCGGGAUGAACAGGAUUGGGAUGCUCAACAGUGUCGCCAAUAUGUGA